UCAAAAUGGACGCCAUUUGGACAACUUUUUUGUUGAUAUGUUCCACGUUUUUUGCGGUCGACUGUGCGGAUCACGCUCCCUACGAAGAUAUCGCACGUUUCAAGGAAGAGUAUAGCCUUCCAGCUCUUUCAUAUGCUUACGAUGGCCUUGAACCGUUUGUAGACCAAGCAACUUUACGUGUCCAUCACCUCGGCCACCACGCUGGCUACACUAAAAAGAUGAAUACUGCACUCAAGGCUUGGCGAGCAUCGGGAAAGAAAUCUGAUCUUGCUUCAAAGUCGAUUCUUACUAUUCUAAAGAGCAUUGACGAAGUACCAGAAGAAUGGCGUCUGGCUAUCAAAAACAAUGGAGGAGG